AUGUAUGUACAUUUAGAUUCUAUUGUUUCGUUAUUUCUUCACGCUAUUGUUGUUGAUAUCCGUUACACAAACUUUCUUGUCGGCAAACUUAAAAAAUUACUUCUGUCUUCGAGCAAUUUAACCGAGCCGUACGUACAGCGUACUACGACGCUUGUUGAAUGGCAUGGAUCUGCCUCUCUAAGUGCCGAGCUGCUAGCCAACCGUCUUUUCCUGGUUGACUCUUAUUCCUUUAGCUCGGUGUUGAUCAACUCAGAUGAUCAGUCUGCUUUUCCUGUAACAUAUAAUGAUAAAUUCUACAAAUAUGUCUUGGAAGUGGGUGAAUUGGCAAAACUUGCCUAUUUCAAUGACAUUGGCGUUGGCGCUGUUUCUUGCCGAGUGGAUAACUCUGCAACACAGCACAGAUUGUACAUAAUGACUUUAGAUUGCUUAUUUCUAUACGGACGGCUGGGAAUGGGCACAGUGAUGUUGAAUCAUGUUUUAAAAAUCUGUGAAGAAGAUGGAAACUUUGAUAAUGUUUUCUUACAUGUCCAACUGAACAAUGUUGGAGCAAUAAAGUUUUAUGAAAAAUUUGGAUUAGAAAUAGUUGAAGAAAAGAAGAAUUACUACAAAAGGAUUGAACCAGCAGAUGCAUACGUUCUACAAAAAACUUUUACAAAAACCAAACAGCAACAAUCUUUACGCCGCGUUGAAAAAUAA